UGAAUUUCUUUUCAGGUUGUUGAAAAAAAUAGUAAACCACAUAUUGAAGUAGAAACAGGACAUGGGAAAAAAUUGUUUGCUCCAGAAGAAAUAUCUGCCAUGGUCCUCACAAAAAUGAAAGAAACUGCUGAAGCUUACCUUGGGAAAAAAGUUUCUCAUGCGGUUGUUACUGUACCAGCUUAUUUUAACGAUGCUCAACGUCAGGCAACUAAAGAUGCUGGAGCCAUUGCAGGACUGAAUGUUCUUCGAAUAAUCAAUGAGCCUACAGCAGCUGCUAUUGCGUAUGGGUUGGAUAAAAAGGAAGGAGAAAAAAAUGUUCUUGUUUUUGAUCUUGGUGGGGGAACUUUCGAUGUUUCUCUUCUUACAAUUGAUAAUGGUGUAUUUGAAGUAGUUGCAACUAAUGGAGAUACUCAUCUUGGUGGUGAAGAUUUUGAUCAGCGAGUUAUGGAGCAUUUUAUUAAAAUAUAUAAAAAGAAAACUGGCAAAGAUAUAAGAAAAGAUCACAGAGCUGUGCAAAAGUUGAGACGUGAGGUUGAAAAAGCUAAGCGCACAUUAUCAACUGCUCAUCAAGCUAGAAUAGAAAUUGAAUCAUUCUUUGAAGGAGAUGAUUUCAGUGAAACUCUAACACGAGCUAAAUUUGAAGAAUUGAACAUGGACCUUUUCCGUUCUACUAUGAAGCCCGUUCAGAAGGUUUUAGAAGAUGCAGACUUACAAAAGAAAGACAUAGAUGAAAUUGUCCUUGUUGGUGGCUCUACUCGAAUUCCAAAAAUUCAGCAGCUGGUGAAAGAAUUUUUUAAUGGCAAGGAACCAUCAAGGGGAAUUAAUCCGGAUGAAGCUGUUGCUUAUGGGGCAGCUGUUCAAGCAGGAGUUUUAAGUGGAGAAGAAGACACUGGUGAACUUGUUUUGCUUGAUGUUAAUCCUCUGACCCUGGGCAUUGAAACUGUUGGGGGUGUAAUGACAAAACUUAUUCAAAGAAAUUCUGUCAUUCCUACAAAAAAAUCUCAAAUAUUUUCUACUGCUGCUGAUAAUCAACCAACUGUUACUAUACAGGUGUAUGAAGGUGAAAGACCCAUGACAAAAGAUAAUCACCUACUUGGUAAAUUUGACUUAAAUGGAAUUCCACCUGCCCCAAGAGGUGUUCCACAGAUUGAAGUCACUUUUGAAAUUGAUGUAAAUGGUAUCCUGAAAGUUACUGCUGAAGAUAAAGGAACUGGCAUAAAAGAAAAAAUUACAAUUACGAAUGACCAUAACAGGUUGACUCCAGAAGAUAUUGAACGCAUGAUUAAGGAUGCUGAACAAUUUGCAGAAGAUGACAAAAAGGUUAAGGAACGAGUAGAAGCCCGCAAUGAGCUUGAGUCUUAUGCUUACUCUUUAAAAAACCAAAUAAAUGACAAGGAAAAAUUAGGAGCAAAACUGAGUUCUUCAGAUAAAGAAAAGAUUGAGGAAGCUUUAGAUGAGAAGAUAAAAUGGCUAGAAGCAAACCAAGAUGCAGAAGCUUCAGACUUCAAUAAGCAAAAGAAAGAAUUAGAAGAUGUUAUUCAGCCUAUCAUAUCAAAAUUAUAUGCUGGUGCAUCUCCUCCAUCAAGUGAUGAUGAUGCAGCCAAAGAUGAACUUUAAAGCAAUUUUUCUUUAGGCAAACAAAUUUCAUUACUUUUAUCAUACCUCAAUAAAUAUAUCAUUUGCCAUUCAAAUUUCUUAACCAGUUUU